AUGUGCGCCACAUACCGUGAAGCAUGUCAACAAUUGCAUUUGCUGGAAGAUGAUACGCAUUGGGAUGCUACGCUUCGUGAUGCAUCAAUUUCAUCUACACCAAAUCAAAUUCGUAUGUUAUUUGCGAUCAUAAUAUCAAAAUGUUUUCCAUCAAAUCCACUGGAAUUGUGGAAUAAAUACAAAGAUUUCAUGGCUGAAGACAUUUUGAUUCGACUUCAACAUCGUUCCAAUGAUCCUGCAUUGCUACUGCCAUUGGAAAUGUAUAAUGAAGCCUUGAUAAUGAUCGAAGAUUUGUCCCUUACUAUUGCAAAUAAAGCAUUAGGGCAAUUAGGAUUGACUCAACCAAAUCGUCCAAUGCAUGAUUUAUUUGAACGAGAAUUGCAACGCCAACAGCAAUUCGAUCGUGAUGAAUUGCGUGCGUUGGUACAAACGUAUACUCCACAAUUAAAUGAUCAACAAAAAGAUGCAUAUGACAAAGUGAUGCAAGCUGUCAAUGACAACACUGGUGGAUUGUAUUUUUUGGAUGCACCUGGCGGAACUGGAAAAACAUUUUUGAUUUCGUUGAUAUUGGCAACGAUUCGGUCGGAACGAAAAAUCGCAUUGGCACUUGCUUCUUCCGGUAUUGCAGCUACAUUACUUGAUGACGGCCACACAGCACAUUCCGCCUUGAAAUUGCCAUUGAACAUGCAAGACGAAUGUCCAAUGGCCCAUAAAAAAUCUUUGGAAGCCUUAAGUCGAACAUUGCAAGAUUUGAGACAGAGUCAACAGCUGUUUGGCGGUGCAUUAAUAUUGUUAUCUGGUGAUUUUCGUCAAACGUUGCCUGUUAUUUCGAUAUCAACAACAGCUGAUGAAAUUAAUGCAUGUUUGAAAAGUUCAUUUUUGUGGGAACACGUACAAAGGCUUUCGUUGACGACCAAUAUGCGUGUGCGUCUUCAAAAUGAUUCAUCAGCACGUGAGUUUUCAAAGCAAUUGCUGAAGAUUGGCGAUGGAAAAAUUGCAAGUGAUCAAAAUGGGUUUAUCAUGUUACCGAAUAGUUUUUGCAUAAUUGUAUCAUCAAAACAAGAACUCAUUGAUCGCGUUUUCCCAAAUAUUGUUCAAAAUUACAAUAACCAUGAUUGGUUACGAAAACGUGCAAUUUUAGCACCAAAAAAUAUCAAUGUCAAUGAAAUCAAUUUCCACAUCCACGAAAAAUUGCCAGGUGAUUCGGUAAUGUAUAAAUCUAUUGAUACUGCUAUGAAUAAUGAAGACGCAGUCAAUUAUCCGGUCGAGUAUUUAAAUUCUUUGAAACCACCAGGCAAGCCACCGGGUAAUUUGAAUUUCAAAGUUGGUUCAUCGAUUAUACUUCUCCGAAAUCUUAAUGCACCGAAACUUUGUAAUGGGACGAGACUUUCAGUAAAGAAAUUGAUGCCAAAUUUAAUUCAAGCAACAAUUCUCACUGGCAAAGCAAAAGGUGAAAUUGUACCAAUACCGCGCAUCCCAUUAAUACCAACGGACAUGUCAUUCGAAUUUAAACGUCUUCAAUUUCCUGUCCGGCUAUCUUUUGCUAUGACCGUAAACAAAGCCAAAGGGCAAACGCUCCAGGACUUAUCACUUGAAAAGAACCUGGAGACUGUUUACUGCUCACGAGCGACUCGUUUGCAGCCACAAGUUGAUGUAUCAAGCAAGGAAGCAUUGCUAUUGGAGGGCAUCAUACGAGACUUAAAUUGGCACACUUCCACGCCGGUCACGCCAAAGUCGCAUCCAAAAAAAGCAGCCCCUGCUAUGUUCGCCGACGUUUAUGUCAAGCCACAGGUACGAUAUUCAGCAAAAGAGACUGGUGGUCCAGUGGAGCUGUAUGAAUACGGUACUCCUUACUAUCUUACGGAAAUAUCAAAUUAA